UUGGCGUUCAUUACGGUUUGGUAGUUAGUGGCGUUCGGACGUGUUUUAAAGAGCAAUGAAUUAACUUGUUCGCUUUGCUCCAACUGAGUUUUUGCCAUUUAUGAACAAAUAUACACACACAUUUAUACGUACAUGCAUAUGCUUGUACAUAUGUGGCGCACAUCAAUUGCGUUUGCGACAAUUUGAAGUCGAAAUUUUUUAAAAAGUGCGUUAACUAAUAAAAGUCAACAGUUAAAAAUCCAAUUUGAUUGUUUCGUAAUAAGCCAAGAAAGCAAGAAACGUAGUUCUGUGAGUCUAAGCAAAAAUCCAUUUCAACGACGUACUAUGCGAAACACUAUUUAAAAACAGAUCAAAGAAAACAUUUUUACAAAUAGCGAUACUUGUUGCACAAUUAACGUAUAAUACCUCACUCUUUCGAAAAGGAUAAUAACAACGUUCACAGGACCGCACCGCCAGCUCUAAUAUGGCUCCGUCUAAGCAGAUUUUCCUAAACAUCGUAAUUGGAUUACUUUGCUAUAGGUUUCCCGCUCCAACAAACGCUUCAUUUCCCUAUUAUGGUGCUAAAAUUGGGGCAUUAACACGGCUGCAUCAUGGAGUUUCAGGAGAUGUAUACGCCGUUGACUCUCGCACACUUUUUAUUAAGAACUUUAAUUAUGAUGGCGAGGCACCUGCUGCCUACUUCUACGUAGGCAACACGCCCAAACCCAGCAACGAUGGAGCUCAACGCCUGCGUGAUGAGCGCGGCGGGGACACUGCACUCACUCGCCGAUAUCGUAACAAAGACAUAACACUUCCGUUACCCGAUGGUAAAACACUGCGUGACAUUAAAUGGUUUUCAGUGUGGUGCGAUGAAUUUGCCGUUAAUUUUGGUGACGUUUCCAUUCCGAGUGACUUGGACUUCCCUAGACCACAGAAGAUCGCAUCCCUGAAGGGCGUGCAUGCAGUAUCCUCUGAUAAUAUUGUAAUUGUUGAUGCGCAAACACUUUUAAUACCUAACUUUAGUUACGAUGGGGAGGCACCAGAUGCAAAAUUCUGGGUUGGCCGCGGGCAGCGGCCUAGUCCUCAAGGGCUUCGUAUACCCGAUGAGAAUGGCAAAGAAAUUCCACUUCGACGCUACGAUCGCAAAACUAUUGUGCUCACUCUACCCGACGAUUUGACUAUUUUCGACAUAGGGCACUUUGGUGUGUGGUGUGAGGCUUUCACCGUCGACUUUGGUCAUGUUCGUAUACCCGAGGGAUUGAACGUGCCACCGUCCCUGAAAAUGCUUGGGAUUAGUCCACAGUCGAGAUUGAAUUGUGAAGUUCUUUAUGAUGAUUUAGCAUUUGAAGUAAGAUGGGCCGUUGCCGGUGACAGUAUUGUCAUACAACUAAUAGCUAAAUUGGAUACCAAGGAGUACAUGUCAUUCGGUGUUUCAAAAAGUCCAGAGAGGAGUGUUAUGAUUGGCUCAGAUGUUGUGGUUGCAUGGGUUGAUAAAGAUUCUGGUAAAGGUUUUGCAGUGGAUUAUUAUUUGGGUGAUAAGUCACAAUGUUCUGGUGGUCUCGGGGUAUGCCCUAAAGUGAAUAUUGAGAAUGGAACAAACUCAAUACGUCUAUUAAACGCUGCUUGGGUAAAUGGAUAUUCCAUUGUUACGUACCAACGUUCUCUACAAUCAAAUAGCAAAUUUGAUGUUCCGAUUUUGGUAAAUGCGUCUCAGGCGAUUGUCUGGGGCAUCGGUCCGCUUAAUGAACGGAACGAAGCGUCAUAUCAUACUCACUUUACACGCUUCUCAACUCAUAUUGAUUUUGGUCGGCAACCCAUUUGGAAUUGUCCAUCGCCUGAAGGUGCUAAACCAGACAACGACAGUGAUGAAGACAAAGCUGUAGAUAUCCAGAAUGUUGGAUUUCAGGGUUAUCCACCUUCCAACGUGGGUACCUCGACAACACUAUCCAUAAAAAAAAAUGACGAGUUUGAAGAAGAAUUUUACAAUAAUCGUUCACAAGCGCUACAUAGUCCAAAUAGGCGCCAAGAAUCAACUCAUCAGCGUCAACGGCCACACUCCCGUCCUGUGCCUACACCAAAGCCAUCGAGUACCAGUGGAGCGUGGGAUAUUCCGGCUAUUCAAUGUUAUGAACCGGAAGAUGGCGUAUUUUAUGCACAAAUGGGUCCAACAGGUGGAAAACAUGGUUACUCCGCUAUAACUGGGCACGUUGGCUGGGGUAUAUCAUGGUAUAUCAACGGCUUACUCAUACCUGAAAUACAUGUCGUGCGCGGCAAAACGUACACGUUUGUAGUAGAAGGAGGUAUUGAUGCUGAUAUACCUGCUAAAUACCAUCCAUUCUAUAUCACCGAUGACUCUGUAGGUGGUUACGAACACAAGAGAGAGGAAGAAAAGAAGGCUGUUCGUAUAUUCGCUGGCGUGCAUCGAACUCGUUCGGGUCAAUUGACACCAAUAGGCAUUGGGCGCCUCUGCAACUGGACACCGGAUGCUGAUGGUCCAUCUGCUGAUGAUUAUCAAUCCUUUGGAGCCUAUCAACGAACGCUAACUUUAAAAUGCGAUCCAGGUGAACCUGGGGUUAUUACUUGGACUCCAGAUCGUAACACACCAGACACUGUUUACUAUCAAUGUUUCACGCAUCGUUAUUUGGGAUGGAAGAUUCACGUACACGAUUCUUGCGAUGAUUCACGCUUUUCCGCAUCGGCUUCAGAGAAACACGAAGUGCACGUACCAUUUCAUGCCCCCGAUGACGUCGAUGAUAUAGCUGCCGAAGCGUCAAUUCAUCACGAAACUAAGGUCAGCCCCAACGAUAAUUUUUUAUUGAAGCACCAAACAGAUUUGAUAAAAAAUCAUAAUAUGAAUGGAACACCGCCAAAAUUGACUUUUGAAAUAACGAAAUCAUCGGAAAUUACUAAACUGAUUUCAGAUGGAAUUCACGCUGCCGAAGCUCUCGAGAAGAGUAUACUAAGGAACACCAACAGUCACAACAGAAAUAUCAACAGCAACACCAACAACAUUUAUAAUAUAAACCGUAAUACCGCUAAGACUCCAACCCAAAGUGUUCCCCCUAAUAAGCAACAGCAACAACAAUUAAGCACGAGUCCCACAGCAAGCAUUCGAACAAAUGCCAUUGGAGCAAAUACACUGGCUCAAGCACCACAGGGACAAUUAUCAUUAGAACCUUAUAUUGCUACAGCAGUACCAGAAAUAUUACAUGGAGAAAACCAUAUCCAUUCAUAUCACAAGGUUCCACAAACAUUGUUACACAUUAACUCUAAAAAAACAUUGCCACCCACAUCAUCAGAACCACUUCAUCAUUUACAUCACCAUUCACAACUUCACCAUUUGAAUAAUCUUACUAAUAUUCCAGCGCAAUCACAAAAAACAAUAAGUCUCUCAGAGUUUCUUCGCCCGCCACAAAAUGCCGCACUUUUUCAUCCCGUCAAAUUACCAGGACGUCGACCACUCCCUGGCCCCAUCAAAAAGAUUCCAUCCACUAAGCCUGUACUUCCACAACAGCUACAACGCAAGCCUCAUUUUCCAAUACAGCCAAUACCCCAGCCAUCUGUUAUAGUCAGUCAUUACCGCAAACCAGUACCGGGUCUGCUAAAGCCUUUUCUCAAAGAGAAACCACUUCCACUUCAAUCUAUAGCAGCUUCCGUAUUAUUGCUUGGCCAACCAACAACUUUGGGUGGUCUACGCAAAACUGAUCCUGUACUAAUGCAUCCAAAGCCAAACUCCAUCAUACCUGUACCCUACAUUGAUGUUGUCCCACAAGAAUCAAUUCAAACGUAUAUUUUCACUAAUAAAGAAAAUAUAAGUGGAAAUGGGAGCGAUGAGAAUAAACAAAAACUCUUUCAAUUGUCAUUGCUGCCAAACCAACUGCUUGAGCAAGCCGAACCUGUUUCUGCGGCUACAGAUACCAUCAAACAGCAGUUCGAUAUAAAAGAUGUGAAAGAAAACCCGUCCUCACUGCAGAUCGCCACAAUGAAGCCUGCCAUCAAUAAUGGAUUUAAACCUGAUUCGGUCGUCGUAGAAAGUGGUUUCCGACCCAUUUUACGUUCAGAUGGUGGAGCGCAACCACCUACCAUCGAACAAGUAGCACAUCGGCGUGAAGAUCCAGGCUCGGAAAUUGAUGAAGUUAUGGAAACAGACACACUUUUUCUUACAGCCCAAAAAGAAACUCAAACGCAAAAUUUCGAACCAAUGUUUAUUCCGUCGCCACCGGAUAGCACCAAUGUAACAGUAAUAAUACGAAAUAUCGCAUCUUCUUCAUCGAAUCCAGAACUAAAUGUGCUUGAUUCGACGAUUUCUGCAAAGAUGCCCACAGUUGCUAAACUCCGCAAUGCGACUAUAGAAGAAAUAUUAUCAGAACUAGAUGAUGAGCAUCUAGUUGACGCUGUUACAAGUAAGUUCGGGGAAAUUGUUACAAAUAUACCCACAAAAGAGGAUGACAAAGCAACGAACGAGUCUUCCAGUGAGCGACGAAACGAGAGUGAUAAUAAUAAAACAGUGUCCGAGUUGUAUGUUGAAGAUAGUCUAUCCGAAAUGGAGGAGAUUGAUAAUGAAGAUGAUCGCGAAGCUCAGGCAGCAGAGCGUAUAGACACAUAUUACUUACCUCCAGAUAAUCGCAAGAUACCACAUGCCAGCCUGCCGAGUGGCGCUGUUGUAACUUUUGAUGGUAAAUCCAUUGUAGAUGGAAAUUUGGUAUUGCCACCUAAAUUGGAAAUACUUCAAGAAGCAAGCUCUCGGCGACAAGCGCACGGUCUCUCUCAAAUUGAACAGCUUAUUCGAAGCACACCCCAAGUCAGGCCAUUUCGAGGGGAAAUACCACAACCCGUAGUUGAGUUUCUUUCGAACGAACGCACACGAAAUCGAGUCGCCGGCACUGGCACUGGUGGUAUAGUAGGCGGCACAAGUUCUGCUAGUGCCGGUCCUUACUUGCCCUCCACCUCACUUUCUCCACCCCGAGUGCAUUCAACAAAGCUGCAAAAAUUGCAAGGAUCGGCCUACCGGCAAUAGCUUUAUUACGGAAGUGGUACUGGAUGAAAAAAUAUACACAAAAUAGAUACCUAAGUACUUUAAAUGUUAUUAGAAAAUUAUGAAAACCUUUUUUAGCAUAAAAUCCAUAAACCUUAAUAUUCGCAAAUCAUGGAUAAUUCUGUUAUGCCGCAGAUUACUUAAAUUUACGAAGACGAAGAAUAAAGUCCUCCUGAACAUCUUUAUUAACUUUUGUAUCUCAGAACAUAUAAACAAUAACUUAGUAUACAUGUAUAUAUAAUAUAAACAUGUCGAGGCACUGAAUAUACAUAUAUGUAUUACGACACUCCCCAGAAUGGUUCUAUAUUGAAAUCGCUUCAUAUUUAAUGGUGCCGCACAGCCCAUGAAGUUUCCUAUGUAUUCUAUUGUACUAUAUGGGAAAUAGGAUCUUUUUUGAUUAGUAUUGUAUAAAAUUGAUAAAAUUAACAUUUUCCAUUGGGCAAAUUUGCAAAAGGAAACACUGAUGCCAUAAUACAUAUAUAUAUACUCAAAUAAACUUAUUUUUUUUUUUAAUUUUAUAGUGUGAAUAAAGUACAGGUGAAGUAAAAAUGAUAUUGGCUAUGGGUUUCUUAUGUCCAGCAUAAAAAAUGUAUUUUUCAUGUAUUUUAUAUUUUACUUGUAAGAAUAAAACACAUUAUUAGAAAC